CUGGCGAACAUUCUAGACGAUCGCGCAAAGCACGGUGGGUAAAGUCGCCAUUUUGACAGCGGACGACGAAGGGAGCUGGGACCAUGAAUGCACCAAUCAUUCUACUGAAGGAGGGGACAGAUACCUCCCAGGGUAUCCCACAGAUUGUCAGUAACAUCAAUGCCUGUCAAGUCAUAGUGGAUGCUGUCCGGACCACCCUGGGGCCCAGGGGUAUGGACAAGAUGAUAGUAGACAAAAGGGACAAGGCCACCAUUUCCAAUGAUGGUGCCACUAUCAUCAAGUUGUUGGACAUCGUCCAUCCAGCUGCCAAGACACUUGUCGAUAUUGCCAGGUCCCAAGAUGCAGAGAUUGGAGAUGGCACCACAUCUGUGACACUGCUAUCAGGUGAGCUGCUGAAGCAGAUGAAACCAUUUGUGGAGGAGGCAGUCCAUCCUCAAAUCAUCUGCAAGAGUGUCCGCACCGCUGCGUCAAUGGCCAUUGAGAAAAUUCGUGAGAUUGAAAUAAAGGUGAAACGAGACGAUCCUGGUGAGCAGCGCAGGCUACUGGAGAAAUGUGCAGCGACUGCCCUGAGCUCUAAGCUGAUCGCCCACCAACAAGUUUUCUUUGCCAAGAUGGUUGUAGAUGCGGUGAUGAUGUUGGACGAACUGCUGCCAGUCAACAUGAUCGGGAUGAAGAAAGUUACCGGUGGUGGGCUGGAGGACACUAUGUUAGUAGAAGGAGUGGCCUUCAAGAAGACGUUCUCCUAUGCUGGGUUUGAGAUGCAGCCCAAGAAGUACGAGAGCCCGCUGAUCGCCCUCCUUAAUGUGGAGCUGGAGCUGAAAUCUGAGAAAGAGAACGCUGAAGUCAGAGUUGACACAGUAGAGGAAUAUCAGAACAUUGUUGAUGCAGAGUGGAACAUCCUGUAUCAGAAACUAGAGAAGAUCCACGAGAGUGGAGCAAAGGUGGUGUUGUCCAAGCUGCCUAUUGGUGAUGUGGCCACACAGUAUUUUGCAGACAGGGAUAUGUUCUGUGCAGGGCGUGUCCCAGAGGAAGAUUUAAAGCGAACCAUGAAAGCCUGUGGGGGGUCCAUCCAGACUUCAGUACACAACCUGAUAGAAGAUGUGCUGGGGAAAUGUAAAAUGUUUGAGGAGCGCCAAGUAGGAGGAGAGAGGUACAAUCUCUUCACCGGCUGCCCCCAGGCCAAGACCUGCACCAUCAUCAUGCGUGGAGGUGCAGAACAGUUUAUUGAGGAGACAGAGCGCUCACUUCACGAUGCCAUCAUGAUUGUCCGUGGAGCCCUGAAGCAUGAUUCAGUCGUGGCAGGUGGAGGUGCUAUCGAGAUGGAACUGAGCCGCCACCUCAGGGAUUACUCACGCACCAUCGCUGGCAAGCAGCAGUUGCUGAUCGCUGCCUUCGCCAAGGGUCUCGAAGUCAUUCCUCGCCAGCUCUGUGAGAACGCCGGGUUUGACGCCACAAACAUUCUCAACAAACUGCGCCACAUGCACGCCAGAGGAGGCACAUGGUACGGAGUUGAUAUUGACUCUGAAGACAUCAGGGACAACUUUGAGGCUUGUGUGUGGGAACCGUCACUGGUCAAGAUCAAUGCCAUCACAGCUGCCUCCGAAGCUUGCUGCCUCAUUCUGUCUGUAGAUGAAACAAUUAAGAGCCCCAGUCGUACAACAAAUGAUGGGCCUGCACCCCCCAGAGGCAGGGGAAGAGGCAGGCCCAUGUAAAGUACAGCGAAGAAGUUUGCAUGUGUGUGUGUUUUUCAUUACUGUAUAUCCAUUUUGCACAGCCCUUCCUUGACAGAAUGUGGGAGAUAUUCACGUAAUCAUGAUUUGGUGUUGUUUUGUACGUAUAUAUAAGUUGACAGUAGUGGUACAGUUGUGAACAAUUCAUCACAAUGUGCUAUGAAACUGUCAUUCUCCAAAAAAGAUGGAUACUAUUUAGUGUACAAGUUAACUCUGAUUGAAUGAUUAAUUGAAAACCACAUGUAGGUUCAGAUGCCAGUGGGAAAAAGGCUAAAUCGUGAGCAUUAUGCAACACAGCAGUCAUAUAUUACCACUUCAACAAGCGGGAUCAUACCUGUGUUCGCAUACAUUGUAUCUUCAAUCUGAUUGGAAAAACUACAACUUCUCUCAAUUGCAAAGUCAUAUUUAUGUGUGACAGGAAGAUACAGAAUGCUGUGGAAUUUUGAAUAGUACAUCAAAAGAUGUCUGUAGUUAAUAAAAGGCAGUCAGACAAUUAGAA